GUGAAAUUUAAAUCAACAGGUACCCCCUCCCCGUUCCUGCCGUUAUCUAAAUCAACAGGUACACCUUCCCUCGAGGAAGUGUUCAGCUUCUGUGUACGCGAACAGAUAAGCCCCUUGCCAGGAAGCAAAGAAGGGAGGAAGGAAAAAGCGACCGCGACGGGUAGCGGCGGCACGUUUCUGCAGGGUAAAGUGGUACCGACGAAGAAGAGGAGAGGGUAGCUACAGAAGGAGCCCGGAACGGGCCACCAGGUGCACCUAUAGAAUGGACAUAAAACGAAGUGGGAACCAUAUGUUGAUGCGAUGAAGGACGCAUGGCACGCGCCACACUCAAACUCGAGCCGCUACACCGCGAGGAUCGGUGACUUCUUUGCCAUUGUUAUUCUUUACGAAACUAAUGACACGAUCCUGGGACUGUGCAGUGCGUUCCGCGGAGACGUGAUCAUACGAAUCUGCGUACGAGUCUUCCUUCAUGGUUGCGCUAGGACACCGCGAAAUUAUGAAGAGAAGCGGGCGUCUUCGGUGACGAAUGUUGUGUUACUGUAAUCGUCGAUUUUAUACUUGGUGUUGCAUGCGUUCAGAUGGUCUGUGAUCGAUAGUGGAAGCCUCGAUGGACCCGGUUCUCGUAUUCUGUUGAUUGGUGUUUUUCUUUAUAAGUGAUAAAACGGUUAAAAGGUUUGAAUAAAUUGAACAAUUCGCGGAUGAGCGCGUCGCGCUAUUUUUUUUUUUUUUGUGUUGGAUGAUCACCGUGUGAAUUAUGUUGGACGUUGCGUGAAGAUUUGGACGAAGAGAAGGAGCGGAAGUAACUUCGUAUCGUUAAAUUUGAAUUAUAUCUCAGGAACUGAUAUUUGAUGAACCAUAAUCUUAAAAAAAAUCAUCGAAGUGAACAGAGGAGCAGAAGUGAAAAUUGAUACCUUUAUCUUAUUUUUGGAAAAAACAACGAGCAAGAAGUCCCGUAAGUUACAAUAAUUUUAUGCCAUAAGACUUGAACCACUCCUGAGGAUUUGAUAUUUGAUGAAGCGUAGUCUUCGAAGAAAAUCGAAGUGAACAGAAGAGGAGCAGAAGUGAAAAUUGAUACCUUUAUCUUAUUUUUGGAAGAAUCAAGCAAGAAGUUGUCCUAUAAGUUAUAAUAAUUUUAUACCACAAGAUUUGAUAAUAUAUUGGAUGAAGCAUAAUCCUCGAAGAAAAUCGAAGUGAACGAUGGCUCUUCUCUCCAAUCACCACGAUUACCCAGUUUCUUCUGAAAUGAUCGCGACGACGUAUCCGAGCACAGCGAGGACCUACGAAUCCUUGUACCCUUCGCCGUACAACUCCCCGAAUUAUGACUCCAUGAAAAUCCCGUUCAGGGAAAGUUAUGCGCACAAAGGUGAGCACACUCCUCGAAAAGACGCAGAGCCGAUCAAUUACGGGAACGACGUAGUUACUAAAUAUUCGAGAACCCCCGAUUCGUACGACAGAAGCUCCUUUGGUGUUUUGACACCUGUGACGCCGCAAAGAUACGAAGCACAACACGUGAUAAGUCACACAACUUCUCCCAGAUCAAUGUUACACGAGGACAGUUCCGUGGAGUAUCUUGCUCCAGCUUAUUGUUACGAGACUCCGCCUCAGGAACAAAAAUUUCAUAUCCUCGAGAGCAACGAACAGAUGCAGAUGAUCGAGCCGCGAAAAAGUUGCUGGGAACCCGUUACGUCCGUUCAGAAACAAGUAUCGCCCACGAGCAGCCCUCGAAGAGGUAGGCGACGAUCAAGAGACAUACCACCGUCACCGAGCGUCCUGAAGCGUCGGCGUCUCGCCGCGAACGCUCGCGAGAGGCGUCGUAUGAACGGACUGAACGACGCCUUCGACAAAUUGCGAGAAGUCGUGCCAAGCCUCGGGGCUGAUCACAAGCUCAGUAAAUUCGAGACGCUGCAAAUGGCGCAGACCUACAUCGCGGCGUUGUGCGAUCUUCUACAAAAACACGAUGGAAAAUGGCAAUGACGAAGCGGGAAGCAGGAAGCGGCAAUGGUAAGCUAAAGAAUUCAUUCAGCUAAGUAGUGAGUAUAAGAUUAAAACAGUACAGCUUACGCGACACGGUCAUGGAACUAAAUUGCAACUAAAUUGCGUUAUAAUUAUAAUUCGCGAAGAAGGCAUCACAAAAUGAUGCUACGAAGAAACUAUUUUACUAAAUUUGUAUCCAACUACUAAGACAAAGUGAUUAUUAACUACUUAUUAUUAAUUCCCCUGAUCUUUCUUGAUCCUGAAGGAAGAUAACAAUCUUGGCCAAAACAUUAUAACGAAGAGAUAAUUUGACUACAUUAGUACCCAAUUAUUAAAAAAAAGUAAUUAUUAAUUCCUGAUUUUUCUUGAUCCCGAAGAAAGAUAACAAUCUUGACCAAAAUGUUAUAACGAAGAAAUAAUUUUUCUAAGAUAAAACUGCAAUAUGUUAUAGAAUCUUUGCGAUAACUACAUUUACAGAUAAAAGAUAUGGUAUUAAGUCUUUUAUAUACUCGGUGACUAGCGACUGAAAUUUCUGAGUGUAUUCGUGCAUUUUUUAAUUAUUGCGAUAGCAAACUAGAAACUAAAGAUGAAAAGUAUGCGAAUAUGUCAGCGGUCACUAGCCACUGAGCAUUUCAACUGAAAAAUGUCUUAUUUUUUAAGAAAUUUAGUCUUUAUAUAUUAUUAGGAAUA